AUGAAGGUAGUGUUUGAGGAUGCGGAUCCGUCCAAGGCCUCAAUGGCUAAUGAGGGAGCCGAUUGGUAUACACGCACCAAUCCACGCUUUGAGGUUGACGUCAACAAUGAGAAGCAUGGAUGGUUAGGUCAUUCUGUGUUUCUUGGCAACUUGAAGCCUCCACAGCGACCGGGGUAUGUGAAGAUUGAUGUCUAUGAAGUGCUAUAA